CCUUCCUUUCCUCUCCCUUUGUACAAACGAAAACAUAUAUAUUCAUCUCACUCCGAUCCAUGCCUCCUCUCACUGGAAAACUGUUGCAGAAGCCAUGGAUCAUGGCAGCAACAAGCAGAGCUGCCAUGGUCACUGGCCUCCUCCUCGCUCUGCCAGAUGCCUCUGCCUCUGCCUCCUCCUCUCAGUCACCCUCUUGGUCGCUGUCCCCGUCGUGUUGCUCGUCGUCUUCGUCACGAGGCUCAAGAAGCCGGCCUUCUUCCUGCAGUCCAUCCAGAUGGACAGGACGUUCAGCCUCCGGCUGCCGUCGACAACGUCGAACCACAGCGGCGGCGCGAACGGGACCACGGCGUGCGCGGUGGCGUCGCUGCUGUUCUCGGCGCAGAACCUCAACGGCAUCGGGAUAAGGUACGGCGCGACGGUGCUCGACGUCGCGUACACGAACGAGUCGGUGGGCGCCAUGGACGUGCCGGCGUUCUACCAGCCGCCGCGGAGCAGCAAUGUGACGGUGUUCAUGCACGCCCUGCUCGCGCCGGGAAAGGUGACCCGGCUCCUCGUCAGGGAGCUGUCGGCGCAGAGGAAGUACAUGGAGAUCAGGAUCGCCGGGAGCAUCGACGCCCGGACGCACAUCAUGAACUUCCCUCUGCCAAAAAUUCAGUUUUCGCUGGAUUGUAGAAUAGGAACAAACUACACGGACAUAGUGCUACGGGAAGGAAUCAAGUCCGUCAUGACACGCAAGGCUUUCGUCUUAUCCACGCUGCCUCACCUCUCACAGAAGUGCUCUAUAAAGAUUGACAUGAGGUCAAGACGGAAGAGGCCAAGCCUCGACGAUUUAGUAUGCUGAUAUUUACAUCCGCUUGAUAGAGUUUAACUUCGAGAUUUAUAUAUUAUUUAAAGUUUAUAGAAUAAAAUAAAAUAGUUUAAAUAUUUUUUAGUUUAAAUU